AUGGCUGAUCCCACUGCUGACGCCGGCGGGCACGGCACCGCCAACCCACCAGCCACACCUCUGGCCGAGGAGAUCAAGCUGUACGUGGCUCGGGUGAUGGAGCUGGCUCGACCCGCCCCGGGCGAGUGCUGGUACGUGGUGCCGUGGACAUAUCUCGAAGCGAUCGCCACCCUGGAACACACCGAUCUCGACUCAUUGGCGGCUGAUGUUGGUACCGUCGACUCCCACACGGUUAUUGACCCUCAGGGACUGCUUGUCGCUGAUACCUGGGCGGUACUGCCGGAAGCGUACUCGAAACUUACCCUGUGCUUUGGCGUUAGUAACCCUCACAGUGCCCCAGUUACCCGUUACAUUGUCAGUGUAUCCGACGAUAAGCCACCUCACAAUGUAAAGCUUGAGGACCGCAUCCCCGUGUUUAUCGUCCAUAAGCUCAGUGCCACUACUCAGAAAAGGGGCUACUAUAACCGCGAACCAAAACUGGUACCGUUCCUGCUGACGAAGACGUUUGGAGCAUUACUUGAUGAGAUUGGCGGCGUAUCGUCGGCUAGUCUGCGGCUUUGGGUUAUCCCUACCACUGGCCGUAUUCCUACCAAUAUUCUGGUGCCUCAAUUUAUCCGUCAGUACCUGCCCAAAUUAGUGCUUCCGUCGCUUUACGACCAGCCAUUAGCAUCUCAAGGUAUCAUACCAGGACAAGAAUAUCACGUGGUGGUGGAAUCCUUACAACAGGGCCACUUCCCUCUUGACACUUACCUCACGCAAAUUCUGGCACCUGACGCCGAACACACUCUUUCCCAUGGCGGCACGUUGGGGCUUAGCAAUUUGGGCAAUACUUGCUACAUGAACCUGGCGUUACAGUGUCUUUUGCACAUCCCCGAGUUGUGUCUCUACUUCCUCUUUGACCUCCACUACCGUGAAUUGAACAAGGAGAACCCUUUAGGUUACCACGGUGAUGUUGCACAAGCAUUCGGACUGUUGCUUCAACAAACUUACGACACUGGGGUCAGCGGCUCGUUGGCUCCUCGUGAAUUUAAGCUGACCAUUGGCCGCUACUCGCAAAUGUUCUACGGUUACAUGCAACAGGACUCGCAGGAACUUCUUCUGUGGCUUUUGGACGCGUUGCACGAAGACUUGAACCGGAUCAUCGAGAAGCCAUACCUGGAGAAGCCUGAAUUGGACGAUAAAGAUGUGGGUAACCGCGAAGCCAUCAUUGAACUCGCUGACAAGUGUUGGGAACAGUACAAGCAGCGUAACUCUAGUGUCAUCACCGACUUGUUCACGGGUCUCUACCAGCUGACCCUCGUAUGCCCUUCAUGCGACAAGACUCUGAUUACUUUCGAUCCCUUUAACGACAUCACCCUUCCGUUACCUAUUGAAAAGAAAUGGUACCAUACCUUUACCGUGGUAGAUUUAGGCGACGGUACCUUAUUCAAAGGAGACGGCGAGCUGAGGAUGUUUGAGUACGAAGUCGAGCUUACCAAGACGCUGUCGGUGGAGGAGUUGCGCAAAUACGUCGCCAACCAACUCAGCGUCGAUGCCAAAGACUUGUUCAUUUACGACAUCUUCCAGAACCAGGUGUAUAAGGAUUACCAGAGCAACUCGUCGGAAACCCGGUUCACACCGGUGCUGCAACAAAUCUCGCUGGACGACAAGGUGGUCAUCUACUACAUCCCUCAUGAUGAAACUGACAUCAUUGUUCCCGUACAAACGCUGUUGGAGUCUGAAGACACGUCGUACAAGCUGCUGACCCCGGUGGCCAUCCCCUUGUUUGCCAAAUUCACCCCUGAAGAAGCCGAUAGCUUUGGCACCAUCAUCUCGAAGAUGUGGGAAUUGGAACAGAUUUUCACCUCAGAACGUCUCCCUCACCACGACUACUACGAAGAACGGGGUGAUCGUCGCUUUACUAGUGAGGAUUUCGGCGGUGACGGUAACGACUCUGACGUGUCGCUUGCCGACCCGCUGGUGAACCCUGAUGAGCUUUUCACUAUCAAUUACCACGUCACCAACACCAAGAUGGCGCUGGCGGAUAAUCGGCGCAUUUUCGUCCCCUAUGGCGGCUACCUCGGGCUGUUCUCGCCACUUCUGGCGGCUCUCCCUGCUGCUAAGCGUCGCUUCUACUACCACAAAGCCCUCGCCAACGACGAGUACGUAGUGGUGAACACCCCUGAGGUACCGGUGCUCAUGAGCGUGGGUCCGCUGGACGACGACGAGAGCUCGCUGGAGCCUCAGCUUGGCGGCACCCUCCUCGACGACGACCAAGACCCUCCUGAACCAAUCACGGGGGCGUUACCGCUGGAAAUAGGGACCCUGGACGAAGUCAACAGCGAUAACAAGCUUGAUGAGCUCGCGUCGCUGGAAAGCAUUACUCCUAGCACAACUCCGAUCGCGUGGGAAGACGCUCCUCGUGGCCCUCUCAUCACUCGCUACACUCAGCUCCAGUGUGAAUGGCGUCGGGGGCCGUGGGCAGAGUUCAUGUUUGACGUCCCCAUACCUCGAAUGCACAACCCGCUGCUUGAGCUGCUGAAACGGGCAUACUUGCGACAAAGACAGGCGAAGAUCUCCCUCAACGACUGUUUAGCCCAGUUCCUGAAGCCGGAAGUGCUUGGCGAACACGACUUGUGGUACUGCCCCAACUGUAAGGAGCACAAGCAGGCGACAAAGCUGAUCCAGUUGUGGCGGUGUGGCGACAUUGUCACCAUCCACCUCAAGCGGUUCUCGUCGGCGCGGGCGUUUGCCGAUAAGAUCGAGAUGGUGGUCGACUUCCCCAUCGAAGGGUUGGACCUCCUGCCCUAUAUCGCUGGUCCUGGCGACGAGCAGGUUUACGAUCUCAUUGGCGUCGAUAACCACUACGGGGGGCUUGGUGGCGGCCACUACACCGCCUGUGUCAAGAACAACCGUGACGGUAAGUGGUACAAUUACAACGAUUCGCAAGUGUCGCCAUUAGCCGACCCUCAGCUGAUGAUUACCGGUGCUGCCUACCUUUUAUUCUACCGCAAACGCCGCCUGCUGCCAUUGGUAGGACUGGAACAGUUCCACCAGCUUGUCGCUGAAGGUCGCCAGCAAUUUGAGGCGCUGGUAGAGCUGGCACGGGAGCGGAUGACGUCGGUGGCGUCGCAAAUUGAACGGUACCGCGUCGAGACCGGCGCCGAUCUGGAGCUGGAUCCGGAGCUGGAGACCUCCAGCGGUAGCGGUGCCGAACCGGAGUUCGUCCACGAGCUGGACGACGAUCUCUACGCACUGGACGAUACCCUGGUCCGCAAACAGCGGCUUUUGGAGAAAGGCGACACCACCAAGAAAGUUCACAUCACGGGGCUGGGCCACGAACGCGUGACUCACUCACCUAAGUUGGAAGAUUAA